UGAUGAUGCUAUCGCAUCUGAUAUACCUAGUAAAGAUCUCAGUCAAUAUUUUAUACGUGGAAAAGGUAUGGAUCAAGUUGGAAAAAUCGAUACAGAUAUACUGGAUCGCACUGAUGAUAAAAGUGCUUCUAUACCUGAGGAAUCAGUAAUUCAAGGCUAUGCCUCAUCUCCAAAAGUAGAUACCGAGAUUAUUACUAAGGCAAGUGAUGAAAUCGAUAUUAGCAAAACCAACAACAAUACACUCCAAGAAUUACCGAAUAUGGCCCCUUACCUUGCACAGCCAGAAAAUUAUAAUCCCUCUUUGAUCGAAUCACACUCUCAAAUUCCGAUAGAGGAAAUAGGAGCAAUCCCUGCUGUAGCAAGUACUUUGAUGUCACCUCUAUCAGCAUAUAUAUUACUUGCUCUGUUAAUUAUUGCCGUUAUGUGGUUCGUGGUAUUGAGAUGCACGUGGAAUAUAGGUAGGCUCUUUGAGCCAGGAUUCGAAGAAUCGCCUAGGUACGCAAGUGCCAUUGUUCCACAGGCCCGAAAGGGCAACCCUAAAGAGUCAUACGACCCGCUCCGCAAUAAAAAAAGUGACCGGCUAUGGGACACAUGGACGAGGUAUUAG